GGGGGGCGCUAUUUGACCUUUUGGAGACGAGCGGGAAUCUAAAAUGGGGAACGUUUCGACCACUCGCAGGAAAAGCGGGAGCAAGGAGCUCGAGAAAUACUGCAAGCCUACGGGCCUGUACGAAACAUGCCCGUGGGAAGAGCGGGUAGUUCGCCGCUGGAUCAUGGACGGCCAGGUCGCCCCGCGCUACCCCGGCGCGGACGCUCCCAGCUUCGGCCCGGGAAAGGAAGCAUCUGGCAGCGGUGGCGGCGGCUUAGGCAGCGCGAGCGUGAGCGCGGGCGGCGUGAUUGGCUACGAGUCAACGGUUAGGGCGACCUUCGGGCCUGGAGCGGUGGGCACGGGGCGGAGCGGUGGAGUCGGAGCAGCGGCAGCGGGAGGAGGAGGGGGAGGGGGCGGGGGGCAGCGGGCGCAAGAGCAGCAGCAGCAGACGGAGGAGUGCCCCAUCUGCUUCAUGCACUACCACGGGGUGAAUCGAACCACCUGCUGCGCGAAGCCGCUGUGCACGGAGUGCUACCUGCAGGUGAGGCCACCCCGGUCUUCCGUGGUUUGCCCGUUUUGCAACUGCACCAAGUUCUCGGUCGAGUACCUCGGGCCUCCCAGCAAGGAGGAUCACGACAAGCGCAUGGCCGAAGAACAACGCACGAUCGAGGCCCGCAUCCACGCGGAGCAGGAGGAGCUGAUGCGGCAGGUUACGGAGAGGAACGCCAGGGAGACGAGCGCCGCCGCCGCGGCCGCCGCCGCCGCCGCAGAUGCCGCCGCAGAUGCCGCCGCCGCUACUGCUGGGGCGGGGUCGUCAUCGUCCGUUUCGUCGCCCUCCUUCGCGACGGUGGCGGAGCGCCGGAUGACCGAGGACCAGAUCCGGAAGCAGCACGUGCCUCCCGCGACGGCCGCCGCCGCGGCGGCGAUGGCGGCGAGCAUCGGCAGGCAGUCCUCGAUGGGGGCGGCGGCGGGGGCGAGGACUGCCGGGGGACGGGUCGCUCCCGGGUCGCUGAAGCACGCGCUGGCGGUGUCGGCGGCAGCUGGUCGCCACCACCACAACCGCAGGGGUUCUCGCAUUGGCCCCGGGAGGCGUCGGUCUUACUUGGAGGGGGCCGGCGGCAACGACGGCGGAAACGAAUUUCACGCGGACGGUGUCGGCGAGGGCGAGAUCCAGCAGGUGGAGGACCUUAUGCUUGUGGAGGCCCUCCGCUUGUCCGUCCUAGAGGAGCAGGCCAGGAGAGAGCGGUCUGGGGACCUGAUGAGAGCUGCGACCGCUGCCUCCGCUUCUGCCAGCACGACUUCUGCCGCCGCCGCCGCCGCCGCUGUAUCUGCAAGGCGAUCUUCUCCCACUGGGCAGGGCACGACCGCUGAGGAAGCCUCUCUUGGAGCCCGUCUCUCCUCUCCUUACCGGGAUCGCCUACAGCAGCCGUCGUCGGAUGCCGCCGCCGCAGGCGCCGCAGGCGCCGCUGCAUCGGCUUCCCCUUUUGCGGCGGGUUAUUCCAGCGGCGGUGCUGGUUCAGGGGCAGCGGGGGGGGCUGGCCCAGCUUCUUCUUUCUCCGCUGGAGGAGGAGACAGCGGCGGCGGGCCGCUGAGCUUCUUCUCGACCGGCAGCUGGUGGGAUCCCGAGGCGCAGGGAAGCGGCAGCGCGACGCGCGAAGUAGGAGGUGCUGGUUCAGGGGCGGCCGCGGGAGAGGGGGCUUCUGCUGCUUCUGCUGCUUCUGCUGCUUCUGCUGCUGCUGCUGCUGCGGGACCAGAACACACCGGCCCAGCAACGGCGGCGGCGGCGGCGGCAGCCGGGCAAGGGAACAAAACGGAAGGUGAGAAGAAGCACGGGCGGGCGGGCUGGGGAGACUGCACGGGGGCGGCGGCGGCGGCGGGGGGGGGGGGGGGGGGGGUGGCGCCUCCAGUCGUGAAUGAGGGCAAGGGGGAGGCGCCUGCGGGGGUUGCUGCCAGGAUGGCGUUUUAUCGAGGGAGCGCCGCCAAAUCAGGGAUCGGCGGCUCCGCCGCAAUGAGUGGCGGCGGCAGCGGCGGCGGCGGCGUGGCAAGGGCAGGGGAAGAAGUUUACCCGUCGGAGAUCCCUGAGUCGGAGGAAGAGCAGCUGAUGCUCGCGAUCGCGCUGAGCUUGCGGACGAGCGGGGGGGGCGCUGAAGAUGGGGCGGCAGCGGCGGAGGCGGCAGCAGGAGCCUCCGGGCAAACAACAGCGAGCGUCGAGAAGACGGGUGCUGCCGCCGGCGUGCCUGACGAUGCGAGGCAGCAGAGUGCCUUCGGCGCGGGCUGGUCGGCGACGGGCGGCGGUGCUGGUAUAGGCGGGGCGGCGGGGUAUCUGGGAACGUCGGAGGAACUCUUGCGGUGGGUGAUGAGCGAGAAGAAGAUGGCCGCGGCGCAGGGUGGUGCCGAAGAAGAGCCUGUCCCCAACUCGAAGCUUCCGCCACCUCCGUCCGAUCCCUCGGCCCCGGAGUUGACCGGUGUGGGCAGUGUGGCGGUGCCCGGUACCACCGCCGAAGCGACCGCAGGCGCGGCGGCGGCGGAGGGAGAGGAGAAGGAAGACGAGCUGCGGGGUAAGCCUCCAGCUCCUGCCGCGGUGAGCGCCGGCGGCAGCGUGUCUGUGCCCUCGCGAACUGUUGUGGCCGAGGGAGAUGCCCUUGCCGUGACGCUGCCGCCCGCGGAAGGAGGAGGGGCGGGAGUGGCGGUCCCCGCAGCCGUCGUUGUCUGUAGCAGCACCCAAGCUACGGACGCCGCUUCUGCCUCCCCUGUUGCUGAUACUUUUGCUGCUGCUGCUGGCGCUGCUGGCGCUGCUGGCGCUGCUGCUGCUGCUGCUGCUGCCUUCGUUGCCGUUGAAGAAGGCGGGGGUGUGCUUCCUGAACGAUCGCCACCGGCGGCGGCGACGGGAGGCGCUCCCGGUGUCGGAGCGGCGGCCGUCAUAACAACGUCGAGUGCCGCUUCUUCUCCCGCAGACGAAACGGCGGAGGAGGAGGAGGAGGGCUCGAGGUUGUCGCCGCUGCCUUUGACCGUCCCUGAUGCCGCGGCGGCCACGUCCAUCGCUUCGCCCGGUGGUGUGGUCGGACCCAGCCAGGAUGGCGGCGAAACGAGUUGCGAGGGCGGCGGCGGCGGCGGCGGCGACGCCGACGAGGAAAGCCCCGCCACUCCCCCCGGUGUGACGGAGACUGUCGCGAGGGCCCCGGCGGCGGCGGUAGUCGCAGAAGGGGAAACCGCAACAGAGGAAGCAGGUGAGGCUGUGGGACGGCCCGUGGGCGGUGAUGAUGGCGGCGGCGGCGGCGGCGGCGCCUCAACGCCGCCGGUGGAAGCCGGACCCGUUACUUCUUCGGCGGUGGUGCCGGCACCGCCGUCUUCCUCCGUGGGCGAUAGCGUCCGCUGCUGCUCGCCGGUUGGUGCCGCUACCACCGCCUCCGGUGCCGUCGCGCAAGAGGGCGUGCGGGGGCAGGACAGCGGCGUCGGCGGAGGCGUCGGCGGCGUCGGCGGUGUCCCCGAGGAGGAGGGUGCCACGGCCGAGGUUGGCGAAGACGGCGGCGGCAAGCUCGCCGUCGUUUGCGGCGAGGCCGCCCCCGAGGCGCUGUCGUUGACACCGUGGACGACACCGGCGCCGAAAGUAGCGCUGGAAGGGUCCUCCUCCUCCUCCUCGCCGCAACCCCCCCCGCUCCCGCCUCGUCCCGACGUCAUUACCGACGUGCAUGGCGCCGCGGGUGGGGAAUCGGAGCCCGAAUCCGUACCGCCUGCAGUCACGGAACAGCAGUCAGUCUGCGGUGCGGAUGGUGAUGGUGUUGCCGGGGCAGGGACGAAGGAGCUAGCGACGGGAGAGCACGGCGGAGGAGAAGGUAUUGUCGGGGCCGGCAGCAGCGCUGAUGACGGCAGCAUCGUUGCCGACAAUCCCACAGCAGCGGCAAGAGCAACGGCAGCAGAGGAAGCGCGGGCGGAAAGCGCUACCGUGACCGUGGUGCCCGCGGCGGCGGCGGGGGCGGUUGCGGUGAUGGAGGAUGCGAUUGGCGAGGCUGACGAAGGCGGUGGUGUUGUGGUCGUCAGCGAUGCCGCCGAGGUGCCGCUUUCUAUUCAUGAGGUGUUGGCCCCUGCUGCUCAGGAGAUGUCGGCUCCUGCUGCUCAGGAGGUGCCGGUUCCUGCUGCUCAUGAGGUGUCGGCUCCUGCUGCUCAUGAGGUGCCGCCUCCUUCUCAUGAGGCGUCGGCUCCUGCUGCUCAUGAAGUGUCGGCUCCUGCUGCUAGUGAGGUACCUCCUCCCGCUGCUGAUGAGGUGCUGCCGACCCCUGCUGACGACGAGGUACCCCCCCCUGGCGCUGAUGAGGUACCGCCCCCGGCUGCCGAGGCCCCCCCUGUGGUGCCGGAGGAAGCGACCUGCCCGGCGGGGAACGUUGAUGCGUUGUUGGCGGGACAGGCCAGCGACGGAGGUUCUCAGGCGGUGGCGGUGGCGGCGGCGGCGGCGGGCGGCGCGGAAGGUGUUGCUCCACCCGCGACCUUGGCGGCGUCUGGUGGGGGAGAACCCGACGAAGUGGGCAAGAGGGAAGGUCAGGAAUCCGCCCCGUAGCACCUCGCGGCCAGAUGAGCGACAUGCUUUCACCUACAACAAUCGAUUUUGGACUUGUGCUGUUCGCGCUGGAUGUUUUUGGGGUGGGUGGGGCGUGUGGUACGGUUUUGGCUCGCUCUCGGUGUGUGCUCACGUACGUACGCACGUUCAGCUCGGCGGCGCUGUUUAAACGGUAAUGCCCGAAUAAAUCGAGGAUUGAAAGGUUCCACCGCCGGAGAUAAUGCGGCUGUUUUGUUUUCGCUUGCUGGUCUGCUGGUGCUGGUGCUGGUGCUGCCGCUGCUGCUGAGGUGGCAGCGCGCGUGCGCAGCCAGCUGGCUAGCUGGCCGGCUAGAUGAUUUUUCUCGUGGACUGAUAUUUUCCUCGGAGUUGGCGCGUGUGGGGCGAGGAGGGGACCGGCUGUUCGGUGUUGUUUCGCCUUGUUUCUGUCGUCCUUUCGACAACGGAGGGACGUAUGUCUCACUCCCUUUCUGCCCCGUCCGUGUCAUUUCAAGGCCUUUGUGUGUGCUGGGUUGGCUCACUUGAGCGCAUCUCGUACUAAACUACUAUGGUAAAGCAUAGGUUCUUGUUGGGUUGGCUUCCCACAAGCAACCGGAUGGCGUUAUUUCCAUGUUGUGCGUGUGUUGUGGGGUUGAAAGAAAAAGCACCACCGUCUCUUUUGGGCCGGGUGCUGGGAAAGGGCGAGUCAUGGGGGAAAAGUAUUUCUUUUCACCGGACACAUGUGUAGUUUGCGGUAGAUCUCGUCUAUGAUUUCGAGUUGUCGGCGACCCCCCUCGUCAGUGGAUAUGGUUCGAAUCGCGCCUCGUUUUUUUUUUUUAGGAUGCAGCUUCGUUCGUAGGGUUGAUUUUGAGAUGCAGCUUGGUAUGCAUGAAUUGAUUUUGAAAUGCAGCGUUGUAUGCAUAAGUUGCUGAUGAUGUGCAGCUUGGUGCACACGCUGGUUCAAGAUGUAGCUUUGUGUGUGCACAAGUUGGUUCAAGAUUCAACUUCUCCGUAGAUAUGAAGCUGUGCUCUUAGUUCGUGGUGCUCUUGAGGGUUGCCGCCGGGGGGCGUGGGUUUUCGUCAUCUUGUGGCUUCGGGCAGGGGUGGUGGGUGGCGGUGAUCGUAUGAAGCCGCUGCCACGCGCCUGUGGAUUCGAUUGUGUCUUGUCUCUUACCUGAAGUAGUAAUGUUUCGGCGUGUCUGCCUUCCUUGUUGUUGGUAGGGUCGGGGUUGGCAGGGGUUCACGACUCAAGUAAUGUUUUCCGGAUCACCCACCCCUGCCCUUCUCGCCACAACGUUGUAAAUAGGGUUUUUCUGAUGGUUUUUCUGAUGCAUGUAUGUAAGUCUCAAAAUCCAAAUAUUUUCUAGUUCAGUGCUGCACGGCUGAAAAUAAAAAAAAGUAGGCGGAGGAACAAAAAAUAUCGUU